AUGAAAAAUGCAUUUGAAGUGAAAAGGUUGAUCGGGCUGUUAGUUUGUAUCGGUUUUAUGUUAGGUAUGGAUACUUCGUCUUUAUCAUUGUUUCUUGGGACGAGCUAUUUCAAAGAGUAUUUCAAACAGCCAACUGCACUACAAACAGGUAUGAUGACAGGGGCCAACCAAAUUGGUGGGUUUGUGGGGUGCCUAAUGUCUGGGUCUUUGAUAGAACUCAUUGGGUGCAAAUGGUGUUUGUGUGCUUGUAGUGUUAUUUGGACCAUGGGAUCUGUCGGAUCUUUUUUUGUGCUUGAAGUUUACACAAUGGCUCUGAGUAGAUUUGUAAAAGGGAUUGCAGUAGGUAUUCUAUCUGUGCUUGCUUCAUUCUAUUUGAUGGAAGUUUUUUCAAGCAAUAUAAGGGGGCAGGCCACAGCUUUAAUGCAGAUGGCUUUAACAAUCUCCAUUCUAUCCAUAUACUUUCUCUCUAUGUUACUUGAUAAAAUCCAAGGUCCCUUGGCAUUUAAGAUUACUUGGGGGUUAGAAGUGAUACCCAGUUUAUUGUUAUUGAUGCUAUUUCAAGCACUACCGGAGUCGCCAAGAUGGUUGUAUAAGCAUGGAUAUUCCAACAAAGAUAUAGAUCGGUCGCUAGCGAUUUUGAGAGUGAAGGAUGUUGAGAAACUCAGAGAGAAGUUCGUUAGUGAAACGAAGCAAAAGCCAAAGCUUUCCUAUAUUAUCAAGAAAGGUUACUGGAAACACAUGAGUCUCGGUAUAAUAGUCCAGAUAUUAAUUCAAAUCAGUGGUAUUAAUGUUGUGAUGUAUUACACUAUUUACAUAUGUGAAAUGGUUGGCUUUGAUGAUGAUGUCAGCUCGAAAUUAACCGCAGGACCUUAUAUUGUCAAUACGAUAUUUACCUUAGUCCCUGUCUUUUUAUUAGACAAGUUUAAUCGCAAAGUAUUCAUCGGGUGGGCAAGUGUAUUUUUAGGUGGUAUCAUGCUAUUGAUAGGAUUCCUAAUUGGUGAAAGGGAAAGGCACGUCGGCGAUGUUGUUUUGAGAAAUAUAGUUGUCGCCUUAUGUUUCCUCUUUGUUUCGGUAUUCUCUUCAUCAUUGUCAUGCGCUGGCUUUAUCUAUACUAACGAAAUCUUACCAGAAUCCAUAAAAUCCGUGGCCUUAUCAGUUUGUAUAUCGACAAGUUGGUUUACAGGGUUUGCCCUUGCAUUAAUGGCACCUUAUUUAAUGCAAAUCGUAGAAUGGUGGACCUUCGUAAUGUUGGGAACAUCAACAAUAGCCUUAGCUUUCAUUAUAAUUAUGUGGUUUCCUGAGACGAGAGAUUUGUCACCACACGAUAUUGACAAUCUAUUCAAACAAGACGCGCUGUCAGCAGAAGUUGAAUAUGAAAAGAUAGAGUCGGAUCAAAGUGCAGAUUUUGAAAGUAUUCCCGAGAGGUCUGGUGCGCCAGAACCUGACUCAUUUGUGUGUACCACUACUACCACUGAAGUGACGGAACGUUGA